AUGUGAAAAGACUUCAUUACUGUAGUUUUGGAGCUCGCGUAGUGCCACAUAAACCGGUCCCAAAAGAAGAGAACCAGCGUCGUGUUACCGAAAAUCAGUUACUGCUACUUGUCUUCAAAGUUAAUUGGCUAUGCAAUGAAUCCAGCUUUGUGAUACAAGACACAGAACGCGUCAGAGUUGAAUAACACAACCACAGCAUUCAUGAGAAGAGACCGAUUCAGGAGAGGGAUGGCAGAAAGGCCGGGCAAUGACAAACAUAGUGAUUCAGAGGAGGAGUGGAUUCCCCACCUUCUGAGAAGGAGCACGCGCCACAUGGCGAGUCGAGCAUCCAGGAGUUUCCAGCCUCCAUCCAGGCUGCCUGGUCAGAGGAGACCCACAGACCAGGGAAUGAGGAAGACACCUUCCCACAAUAUAACCAGCUUCCGCAUGAACCCAAAACCUUCCCAGCAGGGUGUUGGAGAGGUUAAGAAAGAGGAGAGGGAAUGCCUGAUAUCACAGGGUGAAGAGACCACAAAUGAGACCCCCAACAAGGAGUAUAUGAAACGACUGAGGAUUGGAUCUGUCAAAACUACCCAGUGUUCCACAACUUCUGCUGGCCCCAGUGCUGCUCAGCUCAGUACAGACACACUCGGUACCCUGGAAGAUGGGAGUACAGACACACUGACAGCUCAACGAGGUUCACAGGGUGAGAAGACUAUAAACAAAGCUUCUAAAAAACACCGACAGACUUGCACAAGGGGGACAUCCUAUCAAUGCUCUGAGUGUGGGAACACCUUCAGUAGAUUUGGACACCUAAAGAUACACCAGCGAAUUCACACAGGGGAGAGGCCCUACCAGUGCUCCCAGUGUGGAAAGAGCUUCAGUCGUAUAGAAAUUCUGAAGACACACCAGCGGAUUCACACAGGGGAAAGGCCCUACCAAUGCUCCCAGUGUGAGAAGACCUUCAAUCAUUCAGGAAACCUAAUAGCACACCAGCGGAUUCACACAGGGCAGAAGCCUUUCUAUUGCUCCCAGUGUAAGGAGACUUUCAGUCAUUCAGGAACCCUAAAAGCACACCAGCGGAUUCACACAGGGGAGAAGUCCUAUCAGUGCUCCCAGUGUGGGAGGAGCUUUAGUCGGUCAGGAACCCUAAAGAGACAUGAGUGGACUCACACAGGGGAAAGGCCCUACCAGUGCUCCCAGUGUGGGAAGAGCUUCAGUCGAUUAGAACAUAUAGAGAGGCACCAGCAGACUCACACACUUGACACAGCAACCAAUAUGUAAGCAUCAGCCUGCUCGGAGCAGGUUUAAUCAAUGUAAAUAAGAUUAGGUCACAGAUAUAAACAGAGCUCUGUCCACUCAGGAAACCCAUCUAAUCCAUGCAGGGGGAACAGUGCACAUUUUCAUUAGAUAAGGAUGCAGUAGGGACAAAGUCCGGCUUUAAAAAUUUUAUUUAUAUUUGUCAGAUUAAUAUAUUUUAUCAUUGUCCUUAAACGCAUAUUUAAAUCACGUUUUUUUCUUCUUUCCAAUUGUAGUCAUGCAAAGGUCAUCAGGUUUUAUUCUCAUCAACAUUUAUGUCAACGAAAUUAACACUGGAGGCGAUAACAGGUAUCACAAGCAGGCGUAAGGGCAAGCAAACAAAUGGUCUCCAUGGAAACUGUACAAUUUUACUGCCUUAAAAUAUCUUUCGCUGCAGUAAAUCCCUUAAGAUUUUCCCUUAGCUAAGGAAACCUUUAAAAGGAUUCUGUGCACCACCCUUAAAUACAUCACUCGGCUAAGGAGAAAUUAAACGUUAAGUGUCAUAGUUAAGGGGAAAACUUAAGGUGUUUUGUGCAACCGACUCCUGAUCGCUAAAUCUUGUAGAAAUAAAGUAUAUUGGACAAUUUGAGACCAAUCACAUUACUUAAUACUGAUUACAAAGUACUUUCGGGGGCUAUUGCUGCUAGGCUGAAGAAAGGAAUCUCCACCAUAAAUAGACAUAAUCAGGAUUUUUGAAUGGAAGGUCAAUUCAUAACAUGACUUGUUUUAGAUUUACUUGAUUAUAGCUCUGUGAUUCAAGACAGUGAAUUCGUUUUAUUUUUGGAUUUUUAUAAAAUAUUUGAUUCUGUUGCACAUCCUUUCAUAUCGAAAACUGCAUUGUUUUGGAUUUUUAGAGAGGUUUAUAAACUUAAUUGAAAUGCUAUAAGAUGGAAUUAAUAAUUCAAUAGCUUUCAGAGAUGGCACUUUUUCAAGAUUUGAGAUUAAGAGUAGUAUAUGUCAAGGAUGUGGUAGUUAUUGUUUAUAUGGCAGAAAUGUUAUUUUGUUUAGAAACGGCUAUAUUGAAGGAUAAAUGUGAUGGGAAGACAAUAAAAAGCCAGUUGGGAGAUGAUACAACUUUGCUUUUAAAAAAUGGAAGUCAAAUUCCAUUGGCCUUACAGUCAACCAGUUUUAGAAGGCUUCUGGCCUACAACUGAAUUUAAAUAAAUCUGAAAUAUUAGCUUUACAUGGUUAUCCCCUACAGUCACUAUAUAAUAUAAGGAUCGACAAGGAGGUUAAAUACUUGGGGAUUGUUAUUUCUAGGAAAAAAAACUGCAAUAUGAAGAUUUGGAAUAAUUUAAACAAAUAUAAUUCUAUUCUAAGCACGUGGCUGCAGAGGACAAGUUUUGGGUGGGUCUUAUGAUGCAAAAUGGAGAGCUUGGCCAGACUCAUUUACUCAGCCUUUUCUUUAGCCAUAUUGGUAAAAAUUAAUAAAGCAAAAAAUACCGUCAAUUUGAAAUUGAUGGUAAAGAUGACGGAAAGAUGACGUAGUUAAAAACUAUGAAGAUUGGAGUGUGCAUGUAAUUAAUCUUGAUGAUAUGAAUGGUGUCUUGAAAUUGAAAUGGCUGAGAUGUUUUGUUAAAAAUAGACACUUUCUUUUGUCUCCAACGUGAUUUUUCAUAAAAUGAGUGAAAUAAACUUUGUAAUAUGUUGCGACUUUCAUUGAGGUCUUUGAAUUCCAUGAGCAAGUCCCUCUUUACUGAAUUAAUAUACAAACAUAACAUCACACCACAUAACACAUGUGUGGGAAUAACAGCUACAUAUUGUUCAGCAGGAAAUCUGUAUUUAGAUCGGAAUGGAGAUCCAAAAGGGUUUGGGGUAUUGCUCAUUUUAUUGAUAAUAAUGGAAAUCUUUAUUGUUCUGUUAAGACCUACAAUAGAAUGAUAAAAGCCAUACCAAUCUCUCUCAGGUCAGUGGUUAAAGAAAAUAGUAGCAACCAAUUAUAAUUAAUACACCACUGGAAGUAUCGACCAAUCAUUGUUAACAAGUUUUUUUGAUAGAAUUUCUUUUCAGUGAAAUAACCAAUCAGUUACCAGCAGGCUUUUUGAGGAAGCUUGGAAAAGGUGUGUAUAUAUACUGCUGUUUUAUUGGCUCAGUAUCACCAGAAUUUGGACGGGGACAGUCUGUUCAUUUUACUUUCUCUUUUGCCUAUUAAAGAAACUUUACCUUA